UAUUAUUGUAGCAAUAAUAUGGUAAAUUAAUUGGUUAAAAUAAUAAUUAAGAUGUGUAAAUUGUUAUGUUAUUUUUUACUUUUUGUUUAUUUUGCUGAAUCACACACCAAUAAUGGGUUAAAUAUUGAUAUAAAUUAUAAUAAUGAUUCAAAUAUUGAAAAUACAACCAAUUCUAUUAAAAGUGAUAUAUUGGUGAACAAAUUACCAGUACCAUAUUUAUAUAUUAAACCAAAUGAACUUGAAAAUGUACACCAAAUCGCCGAAUCAGCAUUGGAGAAUGAAUCCAUCAUCGCAGACACUGAGGAUGUAUAUGAGAGAAUAAUAUCAGAAAUAGAAGAGAGAUCGCCCGAGGAGAUGAUAAUGGACAUUAUAGGGAAAAUCAACAAAUUAGAAGCUUUAAAAGCUCAAUUAGGAACUGAAGAAAGAAUAGCAAGAUUGAAAUUAUCUGGAAAGAAUGCAACUUAUGCAAAUUCUAUACCCGUUUCACAUCCCAUCGCUGUAAAUCCAACUACAACUUAAUUU